GUAAUAGUAGAUAUUACUUAAUAUUAAUUACAAAACAAGACGAAAUAGCAAAUAUUUAUUAUAAAAGAAAAUCUAAGCAGUUAAAACGCGUUUUCAUUUGUUUUAUGAAAUACUCUUUGUCCAUAGAUGCUGAUGGUGAAAAUUCUCGCCAUGCUACUGGGCGUGGCGUUAGGGGUGGUUUUGAACGACGAAUCAGCGCUGAGCGAAUCGGAGGACACACCAAUAGAACAGUCGCAGGAAAACGGCGCGAGAAAGAGACACGUCGAGACACCAGAAGUGGUUUUACAGCUGAAGUACGACAGAGGGGGACUGAACAGAAUAUACCUCGCACAGUUUAGGAAAGGGAGGACCCAUUGGAUUCCGUCAGUGUCCGCGAGGAGUGAGUUGUGUGCGGACCUCUGCCACGCAGGUCUUGGAGGCAAGGUAUGCGGAAAGACAUGCAACGAGCUGAUGCCUGUCGGGCUGCAGACAGCGUUAAGCAACGCGACCACCAGCAGCGGCAGCUACGGCCAGCCAAGAAUCGAGGUGUGCCCCUCGCUCUGCAAAAAUAUGCUGGGUCAACCUCUAUGCAACUGUGAUGAUAUACCUGCAGAAGACACGGAUGAAAUAGACUGGACAAACAUCUGCCAGGCGUUCUGUGGCGCCGACAACUACGUGCUGAGGGGUUGUCCAGCCUGUGACCCCCGCGCAGUGUUGUCACAGAGUUCUCUACGUACAUUGAACACAGCCGAGGGAUGGGUCGCAUGGUGCAACGUACAGUGCCGACAGGGGCAAGGCGGGGCCGCGUGCAACUGCGACCGUGCCCCAUUGUCAUAAGGCUCACUUUUGAUUAACGCCAAUACUUGUAACAAGAAGCAAACACUUCAAAAACUCGACAACAUUUACAAACGCGAGCAAGGGUAUAUGAAUAUUUUUGUAAUUGUUUAUUUUGUUUUUUUUUUGCAUUAGAUUCGUUAUACGAAUAGUUUUACCUUUAAAACUCAUUAUUUUAGCAAAUUUCUGUCAGUCCGAAAUAUUAUGUUUUAAUUGGUAUAUAACAUUCUAUUAUAACCCUAAAUACACACGACAUAAAUUACCUAGAAAAUAAAAACAG